CUGGCGAAGUUGUCAGAUUUUCUGAUUUGGUUCUUUCACUUCAGGAAUUUUGUUGGUAAACUUUACUGUAGUGAUUCGUGUCCGUUUCCGUUCGAUCAGUGGCAAUUUUCUUCUGUAGGAUUGAAGAGCAGCCUACCUUUCCAGUUAGUCAGUUACUAACGUGACCAGUUAUCAACACAGUGACCCAGUCAUGUCGAAAUCCGACUGCGUUGUCGACGGUUCGUGGUGUGCCCAAUUCGGAGGGUACGAUAGCGGAUAGCAUGAAGGAGAUGCUGUUCAGCGGACACCUGAGUGAUGUGCAUUGUGUGGUGGGACGGGAUUUUGGGGGAACUAAAGAGUUCCACGCACAUAAGGUGAUCUUGGCUGCCCGUAAUCCGGUGUUCCAUACGAUGUUCUUCGGGAGCUUGCCGGAAAACGGUAACAAGUCCAUCGACAUCCCCGAUAUGAUGCCAGACGCCUUCGCCAAUAUGCUCGGGUUCCUGUACGCCGAUGCGGAUGAUCUUGAGAAUUUGAAUGUGGACAACAUCGUCUCGACGCUGGUUUGUGCGGACAAGUAUGACGUGCCGCGGCUGACCAAGAUCUGCUCCGACUUCAUCGCCAACCAUCUCAGUGUGAACAACUGUUUGACCAUGCUGGAACGGGCUCUCGAAUGGAAUGCUGACAGUGUCGUGCAGAAAUGCCUGGAUUUGGUGGAUGCGAAAAGUGAUCCGGUGCUGCGAUCGGAUCCGUUCACGGCCAUCCGUCCGGCGGCAUUGCGGAUGAUUCUGCAGCGCAGUACCCUCACGGCGGAGGAGAAUGCGGUGUAUAUGGCCGCCGAACGAUGGGCAGCGGCGGCCUGUGCCUGUAAUGAUCUGGAAGCGUCCGCCGUCAAUCGGCGUCAGAUGCUCGGUGACGCGUUGUUCCUGGUGCGGUUUCCCCUCAUGACUCCGUCACAGCUUGCCGACGGUCCUGGUCAGAGCGGUCUCUUGAAUGCAGCGGAAAUCGCCAGCCUCUUCAUGCAUCACAACGCCAACGUUAAGCCGGCGGCACUGGCAUUUCCCACGGAGCGCCGCACUGGAUUGCCGAGCGUUGUUGCGCCCGGUUUUCAGGCUGAUGAAGCUGUGUUUGCGCGAACUACUGCAGUAGGAAAGUGGUGGACGGCGGCAAAGGUUAUCAGAUCGGAUGGGAUGCAGGUGACUGUGCAGUGGUGUCUUUCCGGAAGUCAGGAUACCAUAUCGGCGGACAACGUGGUGCGCGCGACAGACAUCUUGCAACCUGGCCAGCCACUGCAUAUGUUCUGUCCGGAAGGUUCUAAGCUUGUUAGCUAUUUUAUGUCCCCGGCGAAUGGCUGGCAUCAGGUCAUCCAGGGUGUCCUUACGCCUACGGUGCCCUUCAGAUGCUUGGCCCUUCUGCACCAGCAGGUCACGCAGUGGAAAGCGGUCAAUGGGCAGUAAGAGCGCAAGCCAUAGUCCUGCAUGGACUUUUUAGCGUGUAGAGGUGGAUUGUCCUAGUGUAUAUUUAAAAUUUACAUAACUAUUUUUAUAAUUGAUUUUGCCAGCAACCUUGGUCCUUUGUGAAUUGUGAUGCAUGGGUUGUCUGCUCUUGUGCAAUAAUAAUAACA